GUUCCUGAACAGUUAACGUUAAAGUUGAAAGUGUUUCGUUGCAGUUGAAGUGAAGUGAUUAUCAUAAGAGAAGAAAAAUACAAGAUACAAAUAAAGUCCUAAAAAGGAUUCUAAGUCGUUGAGUGUCAGUGCAGUGCAUACAUAUACUAAAACAAACCAUACCAAGUGCAGUGAUCGCGGUUAGUGAGCCAAAAAACAAAAAAGCAAAGGACCAUCAAAGAGACCAAAUAAACCACAGAACUAGCGCAACAAGUUCUGGUCUUCAGCAGUGUUAGUGACGAACGAAAACAAAAAAAAAGUUGCAAAAAUGGUCUUAAGAAGCAAGGAAUUCGCCCGCUACAUCUUCCAGAAUCAGCACAAACUCAUCCAACAGCUGCUGCAAACGCAGGUACGACUUUGCAGCGGAGGUUCCCAACAGGUCCAGCAGGCACUACGCGUAGAUGAGUACGAGCCACCGCGGCUAUCGCAGGCUCCACCGCUUGCUGCUCCCUUCCCGAUGAGGCUCGACCAUGCACCCGAUGUGGGAGAGCUGUUUAAGUAUUCCGAUCUCUCGGUCCGGCUGGCCGCACCGCAUCAACUCUCUCCGAAACCGGACGCGGACGAUCUGACCUUCGGCAAGUACUUCACCGAUCACAUGCUGAAGGUGUCCUACCACCGGCGGCUCGGCGGUUGGCAGAAACCGGAAAUCACCCCGAUGGAAACGCUCAACCUGCACCCGGCGGCCAAGGUGUUCCACUAUGCGGUGGAGCUUUUCGAAGGCAUGAAAGCUUACCGUGGCGAGGACGGUAGGAUUCGACUGUUCCGACCGGAGAUGAACAUGGCCCGUAUGAACGUGACUGCGCUCCGCUCCGGACUGCCGACGUUCGAUGGUGAUGAGCUGAUCAAAGCCAUGUGCCGGUUGAUUAUGAUCGAUUCCGAAUGGGUGCCACAUGCCGAAUCGGCCAGUUUGUACAUUCGACCGACACUGAUCGGAAUUGAGCCCACGCUUGGAGUUGCAUCCUCGGAAUCUGCCCUGUUGUACACCAUCAUGUCACCUGCGGCAUCAUACUUUAAGGCCGGCUCCGGCGGAUUGAAGCUGUACGCCAACCCGAAGUAUGCUCGAGCUUGGCCGGGUGGUGUCGGCGAUCGGAAAGUUGGCUCCAACUACGGACCGACGAUCCACGUGCAGAAGGAAGCGCUGAAGAACGGUUGCCAUCAGGUACUGUGGCUUUACGGCGAGGACCAUCAGUUGACCGAGGUCGGAGUGAUGAACGUGUUCAUGGUUUACCUUAACGAUGAUGGAGAAAAAUGCUUGAUUACACCCCCACUUGAUGGUCUAAUUCUGCCGGGAAUCACACGAGACUCCGUGCUCCGGUUGUGCCGCGAAUGGGGAGACUUUUCCGUCAAGGAGGAACAAUUCACCAUGCCACAGGUUCGUCAGCUGGCGCAGAAGGGACGGCUCCUGGAAAUGUUCGGCACCGGAACGGCCGUCGUUAUCAAUCCGAUCGAGUGUGUUGCCUACGACGGUGAAGAUAUUCCUGUGCCAACGCUGCAACAGGAGUCACCGGUGUAUCAGCGGCUAUACGAUACACUGACCGCGAUUCAGUUCGGCAAACUCGACCAUCCGUGGUCGGUUGUGAUAGAUUGAUCUGGGGGCGUUGGGGUUUUAGCCGUGUAGAGUAAGCGAAAGAUCUGCGUACAGUGUGCGAAAGUUCGAUAUGAAAUCGCCCGUCUUCCAGCUGAUUGUUUGUGCCUGGAUUCCACUCCAGAAGAGUGGUAUACUGCCACUCAAUUGGCGGCCCAGUGUACGUACGUGCCUUUGUAUAUAGUAGCGUAGAUGAAACCAUGGAUCUUUUUCCUGCUUAUUUUUAUUAUUAAUAUUAUUAUUAUUAUGGGUAAGAUUGACCAACUGUAGUCUGUUUCCAAGAAACGUUCCAAGUGAACUCAAAGUGUCUCGCCAGGAACCAGAAAUCGUCAUACGUAUUUAACUCUACUUCGUACAUGAAUGUGAUUUGUCAUUUUUUUAUCUCUAACAAAUUAAAGACAUACUUAUUUACAUCUAUAAUUACGAAAGCUAGAACGAAUUUGCAUACUGCAUUUAAUAGGCUAAGCAAGGUUAGGUACAAGUACACUAGUUUCCCUUUCCCAGUCUAACGUUUAGCUUUCCAGUUAAAAACAAAGAAUAAUAAGCUCAGAACAUCUCAGACCGAAACUCGAAUAAAUCGAAGCGAACCAGUUUAGCACCCCUCGGCAGAACCUCAGUGAAAUAUUUCAACGAAUUGACAGCGCGCGAAAAUUGUUCCCCGCCAACUGAGAGGCGCGAAGCGCCUGGUGAGCACAUCGGACAGGGAGAGAGCGUGAAAGCUGACCAUAAAAAAACGAGAGCUGCGUGAAAGGGAUAGAGUGUAUUGCUGAUCGAACUUUUUGUGUCGGUUAGAGCUUCUCUAAAUUUAAAUUUUGGAGCUUUUCUUUUUGUUUUUGGUUUAGUCGCGAACGCUAGAGUAAAAUUGUAAAUUUCCAAACCACGUGAAACUUCGAAAAAAAAAUCGGAGGUGGUUUGUCGUACAAAACGAGAAAAAGUGCAUUUCAAAUUUGUAAAUAACAAUUGGUUAUAGUAGGCCUCGUAGACAAGUUUGCUUUAGGAUUCCGAGUAAGUCGGUGCAAGUGCCCUCAGUUUAGCAGUAUCGUAGUUGUAAAGCUCUGUAGAUAAGGUUCGCUUUUUUAUACUGAAAACGUCGACAAGAUUCAAAAAUAAAGAAAACUGGUUUUUUCGCUACAGCA